AUGGUAGCCCUUAACGAAGAGGCAGCAAAGGACCCUGCGGCGUUGGGACGGGAAGUCACCACCUUUCUCCAAGAGAUGCAAGGUGCGGGAGUCAUGGAGAAUGUCGAGAAAUUCGCGCAAACCAUCGAAGCAAGCUAUGUGCCUCGUUCCAAGCCUGGAAAGAGGAAAUUGAUAGAAACGGCAAUGUGGCACAACGACGAGCGCCGAACUACGAUGCCGCUGGCGGGAGAGGCGACGGCGCACGACGGCAUGAGCAGUGCUACUCUGCCGGCGGUAAAUACGAUGACGAUGCCUGCGAUUGGACGCCAAACAAAAGCGUCGGGUCCCUUCGGGGCGUUUCUUGGCCUCUCACCCUCGAAAGCGUCCUUGCUUUUCCCAGCUGAGAUGCUGGCUAAGAUUGAGGUGCUUGAGCAACGAACCGGCGCGGAUGAUCCACUCCUUGAUAUAGGUCUCGAAUUCCAAGACGCGGGUGGUGUUCGAUUUAUGAGUUCCCAGAAUUGUCGCAUUCUACCAAACCCAAACCUGACUCUCUGCGGUUUAAACCCAGAAGCCCUGAAAGAGCACUGCUGUGACGACAUCUUCCAGGCUUGCCUGCCGCAAGAAUUCGAAGGGUCUGAUGCACUCUGGCCAAGUGCCAGUGCCUCUUUCUCCAUACCCGCAAGCUCACACGAGGCAGAUUAUUUCCUAGGAAAUCACUCGAAAGCCUCCGUCAUCGCCGACGACUAUUACAAUGAAGACGCCCUUCGGCACGACACAUUCCCCCGUAGUUAUCUGAAUCAUCUGAUCAUGUUUCUCUUUUCCUCCCUCCUUCUUGUAAACGUCCAAGCCACAGUUCUUGAACCGUAG